AUGGAAACCAAACCACCAAUCAGUAAUGAUAUCGCUGAGUUCCAUCCAGGAAGUGACCUUGCUGCACACGCAUUGAUGGGGGUGAACAAAUCAGACGUCUGUCCAUCCAAAUGCACAGUUAAAAACAUUCCGAAAAAAAUCCUGAAAGGUUUACCCGUCAAGCUGAUCAUCACAACCAGAGAUUCCAAAGGAAAACAAGUCAUUCCCCGUCAAGAUGUCACAGUGAAGUCAAUAAAUCCUGGAGCAUCAUGGGAAGACAUUGAUGUAACAGACAAUAAUGAUGGGACUUUUCAUGUGACGAUAGUAGGAAAUAUGGUAGAAACACAUCAAAUUGCCAUUGCGAUCGGGAACGAACAUAUUCCCGGAUCGCCAUUCCAUAUUCCUGUCAUGAAAUCGGUAAAGACAGUGAGAAAAGACGAACAGAGCAGUUAUCCACGGGGCCUAGCCAUAAAUAAACAUGGUGACUUUGUCACAACUGACGGAAGAAACAACAGAGUAACCAUUCAUGACAGAGACGGAAAUUAUAAACAAUCAUUAAGAUUUACUGAUCAGUUUGCAAAGCCAUUCAGUCCAUGUGAUGUAGCAAUAUCAGAUGAUAAUGAAUACUAUAUGUUGGAUGAUAGUAACAAGCAAGUAGUUGUGUGUGAUGAGUAUGGAGGGUUUAUUAGAAAGUUUGGUAGAUCUGAAAUUAAUACUCCACGCGGAAUUGCAAUUAAUCCUGUUAAUAAGAACGUGUAUGUAAGUGAGUAUCGUGAAGAUUGUAUUAGAAAGUAUACCCAGGGUGGCGUGUAUAUAAAUUCGUUUGGAGGAAUAGGGGAAAUGCAGGGCAAGUUCAGUGGACCUUGUAUGCUAGCUAUUAACAGUAAAGGGUUGGUGUAUGUGCCAGAUUUGCUCAACGACCGUAUCCAGGUAUUCAAUUCUGAUGACCAGUUUAUGUUUGAAUUCACUACAUCUGGUGACAGUACAAUGAGUUGUCCCAAGGCAGUGGCAAUAGAUAAGAAUGAUUAUGUAUAUAUAAGUAGUAUUCAUGAAGUCACUAAGCAUGACAUCCAUGGUCAGUAUUUGUGUAGGAUUGAUAGAGACAAGGACGGACUGAACAAUCCAUGGGGUGUAGCAGUUUCUAAUGAUUGUAGAAUAGCUGUAGUGGAUGAUAGCAUUCGGUGCAUCAAAGUAUUUGUAGAGUGA